AAAAUGACCGAUUGUGUGGAAAUUGCUCUCACGAGCGACACUUCCGGACAGCAUUGGAGCUGCUGUGCGUGGGAUGUUCGCACCGGUACGCAGCUGAUGACGUACCGGAACGGUGGAUCGCCGGGACCGAACACACUGCACACGAUCGACAAUCGGGUUAUCGUGUCUGGGAAUCUUACCAAACCACUGCUCACAGUAUGGCCCAUUAACCGGCAGGAACCAUGCAACGUGAAGUACAUGUUGCCGGCCAUACCAAGUGCGGUGGCAGUUUCGCCCGAUGGGAACUACUGUCUCGUGGCUCAUGGACAUUCGUUCAAUGUGUACAAUCUGCUAACGGGCGCAAAUAUGGCUUCGGUGUCUCAACACUACGGCAAAGUAAUGGUGCUGCGGUUUACGGACGAUGGAUCACACUUCAUCAGUGCCGGCCAAGAUUGUCGUAUCAUCGUGUGGAAUCUGGCCCGUACGGUACAGCAAAAGGAUAGCAACCGGAUGCUGUACGAGUUGGCCGAUUUUACGCUACCCGUGUCGGACGUGCUGGUCGGGAAGGGUGGCAUGAAAGCAUUGCUAGCAGCCGUAUCACUCGAUCGAUCCUGCAAGCUGUACGAGCUGUCCACCGGCCGUUUGCUGCUGAACGUCGUGUUUCCGGUAGCGCUAGGUGUUGUGGCGAUGAAUGCACUGGAGACGGAACUGUUUGUGGGCGAUAAGAAAGGACUCAUUUACACCUGCAACCUACAGUCCGUACCACGGUCGAAGGAGAUUCAUCUACAGCAGGAUCUGCUGAACCGGAGCGUGUACAAGGGUCACCAGAAAGCGAUCACCUGCCUGUCGGUGUCGAUGGAUUGCGAAACAAUGCUGUCCGGGGCGGAAGAUGAGUCGGUUAUUGUGUGGCACGUGAAAACACGCCAACAGUUAAAGUUGCUACCCCACAAAGGGAUCAUCACGAAUGCGUUCUUUCUCGUGACACCGCGUGCCAUGUUUGACCAAUCGCUGGACAUUCCGGUUGUGUAUCCUCCGUUCCAGAAGGUGGUCCUAACAAGGCAGGAGCGGGAAAAGAUUAGUAUCGAGAUACCGUCGAAGAAAUGUUCGCUUCGAACGGAACGGUUGGACGGUGGUUUGGCUGGACCGAUGGCGAUAGGCGACAGUGAGAAGGACGGUAAAGUGCGCGAACUGGAACAGCAGAUCGAGAAGCUAAAGGCGAUUAAUCAGCAAUUGUUUCAGCAAGCGAUGCAAGCUAUAACGAACGAAGACCGCUAA